CUCUCUCUCUCUCUCUCUCUCUCUGAUCUCAUUCAUGUUUCGUUGAGUUUAUAGGUUGAGAUCCCUUAUAGGUUCGUAGAAUCUAUGGUUGUUUAAGAGCGAUGCGCAAAGGAAGCUUAAUGCGGAUGAUGGAUUGGAUACGAUACCAACUUAUGUCCAAACACAUGGGCCGGUGAAACCAGUAACAAGAAGAAAGGUAUAAGCUAUAGAAAAUUAGUAUUUGGUGAAGCUAACUCAAGAAACCCUCAAGCCAACAAAGGAAUGUUUAUGUGGUAGAGGACACAGAGGAUAAAUGAUGUCUUAAAGAAUCGCCAAAAAAUGAUGACAUUGUCACUCAAAUAACAUUCAUCAAGUUCGAUCCAACUUUGGACACACCUUCUCAAUACCUUGUGCAAAAAAAAAAAAAAUCUCUAGAUCAACUGAACAACUCAGAUUUUAAAGCCAUGGCCGGUGGAGCUCUUACCGAUGAAGGAGGCCUAAAGAGAGCUCAUCUCUAUGAACAUCGGAUCACUUCUUACUUCAUCUUCGCUUGCAUCGUCGGAUCCAUGGGAGGCUCUCUUUUCGGCUAUGAUCUUGGAGUCUCUGGUGGUGUUACAUCAAUGGACGAUUUCUUGAAAGAGUUCUUCCCAGGGAUCUACAAAAGAAAGCAAAUGCAUCUAAACGAAACAGAUUACUGCAAAUACGACAAUCAAAUCCUCACACUCUUCACUUCUUCUCUCUACUUCGCCGGUUUAAUCUCAACUUUCGGAGCUUCUUACGUCACCAGAAUCUACGGUAGGAGAGGAAGCAUCCUCGUUGGCUCUGUCAGCUUCUUCCUCGGAGGAGUGAUUAACGCUGCAGCCAAAAACAUCCUCAUGUUAAUCCUUGGUCGAAUCUUCCUCGGCAUAGGCAUUGGAUUCGGAAACCAGGCGGUUCCGCUAUACCUCUCGGAGAUGGCUCCAGCGAAGAUUAGAGGAACUGUGAAUCAGCUUUUCCAGCUAACAACUUGCAUUGGAAUUCUAGUUGCUAAUUUGAUAAACUACAAAACAGAGCAAAUCCAUCCAUGGGGAUGGAGACUCUCUCUCGGUCUCGCCACCGUCCCAGCUAUACUCAUGUUCCUCGGUGGACUCGUUUUGCCUGAAACACCCAAUAGUCUUGUCGAGCAAGGGAAGCUCGAGAAGGCUAAAGCCGUGCUGAUCAAAGUACGUGGCACAAACAAUAUAGAAGCUGAGUUUCAGGAUCUUGUCGAAGCCAGUGACGCUGCUAGAGCCGUGAAGAAUCCGUUUCGCAAUCUUCUUGCUAGAAGAAACAGACCGCAGCUAGUGAUUGGAGCCAUUGGGCUUCCUGCGUUUCAGCAACUAACCGGAAUGAAUUCGAUCCUGUUUUAUGCUCCGGUUAUGUUUCAGAGCUUAGGGUUUGGUGGAUCUGCGUCGCUUAUCUCGUCUACCAUUACAAAUGCUGCGCUUGUUGUCGCGGCGAUCAUGUCUAUGUAUUCAGCUGAUAAAUUUGGAAGAAGGUUUCUUCUUCUUGAAGCUAGCGUGGAGAUGUUCUGUUACAUGGUUGUAGUAGGAGUAACACUAGCCUUGAAGUUUGGGGAAGGUAAGGAGCUACCAAAAUCGCUCGGUCUGAUUCUUGUGGUCCUUAUCUGUCUAUUUGUAUUGGCGUAUGGUCGAUCUUGGGGUCCAAUGGGAUGGUUAGUUCCGAGCGAGCUUUUCCCUCUAGAGACUCGAUCAGCCGGUCAGAGCGUUGUGGUGUGCGUGAACCUUUUCUUCACGGCUCUAAUCGCGCAGUGUUUCCUGGUGUCGCUGUGCCAUCUCAAGUACGGAAUAUUCCUUUUAUUCGCCGGACUUAUAUUGGGGAUGGGAAGCUUCGUUUACUUUCUGUUGCCGGAGACGAAACAGGUUCCGAUUGAAGAGGUUUAUCUUCUUUGGAGACAGCAUUGGUUAUGGAAGAAAUAUGUCGAAGAUGUUGAUGAAUAAGAUCAAUCGAUAAAUGAAUAAACAUUUUCUUGUUUGUCAAAAAAUAAGCAUUUUUUGUCACAAAAAUACAAAAUGAAUAAAACAUUUUAAAUUCGUU